AUGAGUUCCGUGUGUUUACUCCUUCAGCGGCCGUCCCUCGGAGCUGCCCCGUGGUCACAGCCGUCCACAGCACGCAGCAGCCCGGACUCCAACGGCAGGUAGGUUACCAGUGCGAGUGGAGCUCUGUGUUCAGUUGUCAUUUUUCAUUGAGAUAAAUGGCGCGUUUACAAGUUAUAGGUGACGUUUUGGCUUUAUUAUAAAGUAUGUGAGACCCCAUUUCGUGAACCUGUCCUAGAGUGUCUUGUUAUCAGUUACACCGACAUCUGUUUGAUAAGGCUCGGCUAAGCUAACGCUCACAGUGGACUGAAGCUAAUGCUAGCGAGCUCAGCCUGUCCCAGUGGUUGCUAGGCGACAAUAGCUGCCUAUCUGUGAUAAUGCUCACUGUAAUGAGUUUAAUGUGUUUCUUGAAAGCGUAGAUAAUCCUGUUAGAGUGACACUCAGACUACAUCAGGUCACGAAAUUGCUAGUUAAUUGUCGGUUCGGGGCACAUAGUUGAAAGAUUUUUAUUUGACGUGAUUUUCCUCACUCUUGUAGAGACCCUCCAUGCAAACAUUAACUAGGAAGUUAAGUAGUCGCCCAUGAUAAUAAUAAUAUCUGUUGUUGUCAAAGGAUUACUUUUGACCCCAACAGAGCCUUUAUAGUUACUCUACUGUAUGUCAAAGCAUGUGAUAGUGUGCUUUGACUUGGCUCAAUCAUAAUCAGACUUUCUUUGUGUCCUCCCUUUCUACAGACAGAAUUCACUGUGGAGACCCUGGUUAUCCAGCUCUAAGGACCGACCAGAGCGAAGCCCCCGGGAUACACUUUCCUGUGUAAGUUACACCACGCAACAUUGAAACUUAUUUUACUCUGUUUGAGUAAAAGCCUGAAAUGUUUGAGUCUCACGCCAAUAUCCAUUCAUGUUUCUGUCUGUCUCUCCUCAGCCGUACUCCAGAGCCACAGUCCCUGGCCGCUGCUCAUCAGAUGGGAAACCUCAGGCCUUUCAGCACCCUGUCAGGUCAGUGUCCACUCUGUUUCAGUGGGUGUAACACUUUGUGUGUUAGCUUCACACUCUUUCACACAUCAGGAAAAACUGUACAGUCAGCCUCACGAACCUAUGUGUUUCAUACUUAACAUUCAUCCUCUCUGCCCAAACAGGCUCUUCUGGCCCAAAUCCAAGUCCUUCGAUUAUCUGUAUAGUGAUGGAGAGGCCCUGCUGAGAAACUUCCCUGUUCAAGCAACAAUCAGCUUUUAUGAAGAGAGCGACAGUGAGGAUGAAGAUGAAGAAGAAAAGGACUGGGAAGAGGAGGACAGCAACACCCAGGAGUGCCUCAAACAGCAGUGUCAUUUCACAUCUUGCAGCUGA